UUCACUAAAACCAUGCAUCCGCAAGCUUCGUUCUGGUCAAUGGCCUGCUGCCUUGUGCUGCUCCUGCUUCCGUUCGGAAUCCGUUCAAUGUGCAACGACGCCACUGAGCCGGGAUGCCUUCACCCGGCGGAGUUGCACAUCCCCCAGCGUUAUUGCCUGGACCCAACCAAGUACUGGCUCUGCGACGCCAUGAACUCGCAGGCCCAACUCCAUAAGUGCCAGCCCAACACCGGAUUCGACCAGGACCUCAAUGCCUGUGUGCCGUGGACCGCCUGGGAAUGGAAGCCAUGCCAGGAGCCACCGAGUCGUCCUCCUGGAUGGGCUGGAUGCUAGACAAGUGAGAAAGUCCUUGUUGCUCGGA